ACAGCUGACGCUGCUCGGUCCUCGAUCCGGUCCGGUGACCGCUCGUCAUGCCCUCGCGCGGAGACACCCAGCUACAGCUCCUCCCGCGUGCAGCGGGCCUCUCGCCUCAACUCUAUUGAGCAGGCGCGCCUGCAGCACCAGCUGCACCUGCUGGAGAAGGCCUACGUGCACCAGGCUCGGCUCACCAAUCAAGACAUCCGCCUCACCUCCCUGGCUCUCGAGUACAUUCAGGCGUGCAGUGGACACAGUCCGGAAGGUCGGGGACCUGUAAGUCCGCAAGGAGGUGAAGACACGACCCAGCAGGAAGACCCUUGCUUCUUGUACGGAGAGCGAGUAAUGAGUCGCAAGGUGCGCCGCAUGGCUCGUCCCCAGUCCGCCGUCGACAGGCCCAUUGACCGCCGCAACCAGUCAUCUGACAUCUCCUCCAGCGCCUCGGUCGACGACAGUGCCGGCGUGCGAGUCAGUCUUCCUCCGCGUCCGCAAAGUAGCCCCGCCAAGGGGCGUGCGUGGGCCUGGUCGAGCGGCGAGGAGACUACGGACGGCAGCAUCGGGUCAGAGGUCGACCUCGAUCGGCCUCAGAGUCGCGCCUCUACGUCAGGUGCCAGCAGGCCCCCAACGCCGGGUAGAGGACGGCACUAUUUUCACUGUCCCACCCCUGGGAGAGUCACUCCGCACCAAGCUUGGGAGGACGACACAGACGAUGUGACCCGCAAACUGCUGAAGGCCCAGAAACAACAACAGCAACAAGAAGCUCAGGGACAGUUUCUACACUCGAGAGACUCUCGACGUAUGCGGUUUCAGACAUUUGGGAAUAUUUCCCGUAAUCGGCUCUCGCACUUGCCAUCGUCUUUGACAUCUCCAGUCUCGUCUGGCCGACAAGGAAGCAUCACACUGCCACCCGACACGCCCUCGGGACCUACGAUGGAAGAUCGGAAACCAGUCUCUCCAAAAGAGAGGCGUGCCCGGUCCGGAAGCGCAGUUCUGGGAAGAAAAGCUGGUGUGGCGGACAUCAUGAACCAGCCACGGGGGACCUUGUCUGCAGCGGCCUGGCGACGGCAUCUCGCCAAUACCCAAACUGCCUCGAGGUCUUCCGAAUCCCAGAACCAGAUCCUCAUGGAGGCACGCAAAGGGAGGGAGAAGGAAAAGCAAGACCUCAUGCAGCAGAAAGUGGAAUCUUUCAUUGGCCAAAUUAACUUAUGGUGACCGGCCGAUGCUGCUUUUGUUGGCCUGUUGGACAGUUGACCUCGAGAUUGGCCAAAAUCCUGUUCAUAUUGCUGACAGCCCAAGAUAUCGUUGAUACGCCAGUUUAACACUUGUGACUUGCUCAGACCACAUUCAUCAACGAGGUUAACUCUUGAACUAACAGAAUAACUUAACUCUUUGUGACUGCUCACAUCUUUCACUCAUUUUAACACUUAGUGACUUGCUGAGGCCUCAUUCACUGGCAAAUUGAUUGACUGAGAAUGCGAUUAUUGGCCACUUUCAACCAUAACCGGCUUCACUCACUUCAAUGAUAAACUAAUCCAAAGCCGCUAUUUACUUCAUUUACUUACCGUUCGUGUCCAUUGUUGAUGACUUGUACCUUACAGACUUUGUUAACUACAAAGUUUAACUUGCUAAUUUAACUAAACUUGGCAAAGAAUCACUGCUUAUUUUAAGGCUUACUGUAUUGCAGAAUUGCAUAAAUUAAGCAACUUAAUGCCAUCAUCUCAAAGCGAAAAUGUUGAUGCUUGAAAAUGUUUCCGCCAACGAAGGGGUUAUUUCCUCUGAUCUUGAGAAUUAGAAUCCUAAAAUAAUCUUGACCCACACAUUAAAAAAAAACAAUAAAACAAUUGACUGUUAAUGAAUCGCUUAACAGUUUACAGACUGAGUGUUAGUACUAGCUUUAAUUUACAGUGCUUUCAAUUAUCAGGCUAGCGUGAAGAAAGAUUUGACACGAGCAUGUUGAGAGAAUCCACUCUUCCCUCACACACCCAGAGUGUGAAAACGGACACAGCCUGAUGAAUUUUAUCAUGGGGUCAAUGCUUUUGAUGGUCCACAGAGAGUUCUGCGUCAUACCUGGUUAUAG